AUGGCCAGCGAACGUCUUGGGACCUCGAUUGCCUCGCUUGAUGAUCCUACGCGGGAGGGUACUAAGGGUCUUUACCUCAGACAUAAGGACACUGGAGCAAUAUUGGUGUUGACUUGCCGACAUGAGAUUUUCCAAGGUUCCGAGCUAUCGAACGAUCUAUAUCAACAUAAAAUUCUGGACUUUGGGGGGCCAUCUCUGGUUCCCAUAGGGGGAAUCAUGCCAGAGGCCGAAAUCAAGAUGCCCACCACCAUGGACAGCCAUAAUAAAGAGCCUCGACUGGUGGUGGCCAUGUACGGAAACAUCAGUAAGGUGAAAACCGGCUUCUCCAAUUGUAUCACGUCUAUCUUGCGAGGGGUGAUUAACGGCGAGGUGGAAUACAGUGAAGAGUGGGGCAUUAUCGAACGGAAGGCCGGCUCUUCAACCGGGUCAAAACCUUUUGCUGUACCAGGUGAUUCAGGCUCUUGUAUUUGGGACAUGGAUGGACGUGUUGCCGGCAUUGUGGUUUGGGGGCUUGAUGUUACGUAUGCCCACCCUAUCGAGUGGCUUUUAGAGGAUAUUCGUACCCAGUCCGGCAUCUAUGUAGAGUUAAUCUAA